AUGUUUCAAAUAUUCAAACGUCUUCGAUACACAGACCGUGAUAAUGAUACUUCCGUGAGAUACAUUGACACCGACCAAUACGAGAGAUUUGAACAAAUCGAAUCUAUAGUUUUUGAUUCGACCAUUAUUAAAGAAUAUGUAAAAUAA